CAUUCAUUCAGUAAAUUCGUUCAAAUUACUCAUUUUGCGAGUAAAGUAAUUUUCUUGCUUCGUUUUAGAAUAAUAUUUUUAGGCUGAAAAGUAAUUAAAUGAAGUAACUACUGCCGCAAUUUACGUUGUCUGCUGUGUUGUGUAGUUAUGAAAAGUUAGUAAAUAUAAUUGAGACUAACUUGUGUUUAUUGUCAAGAUAUUUAUUUAUUCAGUUAAAAUACUCGUCUAUUUGUGAUAUUGUGAUGGAUUAGGUUGUUUGAAGGCUUAAAAUGGCUGGAAAAGAUGACGAUGAAGUAAUAUUACAAGCGUUUAUGGUCAAGAGGUCUCAAAAUAAAAAGCUAUUUACACCGGUCAACUACAAGGAACGCUGGCUGGUUCUGACUCGCCGAGCACUUAUUUAUUAUGACACGGAUGGCGAGCUCGUCCCGCCUUUCCCUACCUGGUCGAGUGCAGCGUUGCGACGCUGUAUAAGGAGACCACUGCGUACUAACUUUGGCCUUCGGCUCUUCAGACAUACGGCAGACGUGAGACGGAAGGAGCGCGGGCGCAUCGACACGGGUGCAAUCCAUACAGUGGAGCAAGCGCAGUUGGGGGGACUAAGCAAACACAUACCUGAGGGUGACGGUGAGAAGAGCCCAGUUUAUAGAUAUCCCUUUCAGGUGGGGUACUCGGAACAAAACACUGACUACACACUGUACCUCGUCGCCGGUGAUCAUAAGGAACGCCUGCAGUGGAUCCACACAAUCAGAUCGGUCUGCGCAGUGAGUGGACGUCGAAGUCGGUACCACCCCGGCGCGUGGUCGGCGCGGCGCUGGAGCUGCUGUGACGCGGAGCGACGCUCCGCCCCCGGCUGCGCAGACGCAGACCUCUGGACGCUCAUAGAGUCUGACCUUGACUUGCUCACACCACCGCAAGACAACCGAUUGUCGAACGACGUAACACCGGUCACGGCGGCAGUCACGAUGCCCGGGGGAGGCGGCGCUCCUCCAGGCACUCCCUCUGCCAAGCCAAAGGAGAAGCAGAGAACCAAAGUCGUGGUAGCUCUAUAUCCCUUCAGGGCUAUUGAAAGUGGAGAUCUCUCAUUAGAAAAGGGUGCCGAAUACGAAGUUAUAGAUGACUCCCAAGAUCAUUGGUGGAAAGUGAAAGAUGAGAAUGGGGCGGUUGGCUACAUACCGAGUAAUUACGUUAAGGAAAAAGAAACAAUAGGAUUACAGAAAUAUGAAUGGUACGUUGGCGAGAUGUCGCGACAACGUGCAGAGUCCCUCCUCAAACAGGAGGACAAAGAGGGCUGCUUUGUAGUACGUAAUUCGUCCACCAAGGGCAUGUACACUCUCUCCUUAUUUACCAAAGUCUACCACCCUCAAACGAAGCACUACCAUAUAAAGCAGAACAGUCGCGGCGAGUUCUAUCUAUCGGACAAGCAUUGCUGUGCGAGCAUUCCGGACCUUAUAAACUACCACAAGCACAAUAGCGGAGGCCUGUGUUCCCGGCUGAAGACUACGCCCUGUGACCGGCCCGCGCCACCCACUGCCGGACUCUCGCAUGGUCAGUACGACAAAUGGGAGAUAGAUCCGUCGGAAUUAGUGUUACUAGAAGAGUUGGGGGCCGGCCAGUUCGGCGUGGUGAGGCGAGGCAAGUGGCGCGGUCGUAUCGACACCGCCGUCAAAAUGAUGAAGGAGGGCACUAUGUCUGAAGACGAUUUUAUCGACGAGGCAAAAGUCAUGACAAAACUCCAACAUCAAAACUUGGUGCAGCUGUACGGCGUGUGUUCGAAACACCGCCCUAUAUACAUAGUGACGGAGUACAUGCGACACGGCUCUCUCUUCAACUACCUACGACGAACGUCGCCUGACCAACUCGGACCAGCUGUACUGCUUGAUAUGUGCAUACAAGUUUGCAAAGGAAUGGCGUAUUUAGAAAGGCACAAUUAUAUUCAUCGAGAUUUAGCUGCAAGAAAUUGCUUGGUCGGCGACGAGAAUGUUGUAAAGGUGGCCGAUUUCGGUUUGGCGCGAUAUGUAUUAGACGACCAGUACACUAGUUCUGGCGGUACAAAGUUCCCAAUCAAGUGGGCACCUCCCGAAGUGCUCAACUACACUCGUUUUUCAUCAAAAUCAGAUGUUUGGGCUUUCGGUGUGUUAAUGUGGGAAGUAUUUACUUGUGGUAAAGUACCGUAUGGACGCGUGAAGAACUCUGAGGUAGCAGAAAUGGUUCAACGUGGCAUGCUUCUAGAGAAACCGAAGGGUUGUCUCAACGAAAUAUACAAUGUGAUGCGGUUGUGCUGGCGACGGUUGCCGGAGGAGCGGCCGUCGUUCCGCGCGCUGAAGGAGGAGCUGGCCGUCAUCGCCAACAGCGUGCUGGCCGACUGACUGCGCCUACUGCUGCACCUGCUGCGGCCCGCGCCCCCGGCGCCCGCGCCGCCCGCGCCCCCCGCGCCCCCGGCCGCGCCGCAGCAGCCGCUCGCUUUCGUCUCCCCGUGAGGCGCCGCUCCGUGCCCGGAUCUUCGAGUAGCUUUCGCCGCGUUUGGAAUGCGCGGGGCGCUGCGGAGCCUGGCCUCGCAGUCGCGGACGAUAGCUGUCAUGUAUACGUUUGUACCAGACUGAAUGUAGCCGAGCUUGGCUCGUGGCUAGGUUACCGCGAGCGCCCCCAAUUUGAACUAUACAAAUUUUGAUGAUAUAGAUUUGAAAAUCUGAUUCAAAGUUAAUUUGUGAUUUAGGCUGCAUUACUCGCGUAUUUGAAGCUCCCGUUCGAAAACUGCAGCAGAUACGUAUAUCGACUAAAGCAAUAUUACAAAAUUAUACUUCUAUUUCUAGAAAGUGACGUCAACAUUCCACCUUCCCAGUUAGCACUUACAGUAGCACAUCGAUUUCCGACAAUAACACAACUCUACUUCACGGAAUUGAUCUCACAAAUGGAAUUGACAUACACAAUUACUAUUAUACUCUUAAUCCGCGCGAGUAAUCGUAGGAGCCGUCCACUGCCACUUUUCAAUAAUAUGCAUAUUUAAGUAGCUUCGCGUUAUCUCUCUAAGGAAAUAUACAGGUAGCACUAUUGACCUUAUGAAUAUCAUCCGAUUAAAAUAAUGAACGUUUCUUUGAUACGUACUUAACGUACAUUUAAUACCACAAUGUAUACACGCAAAAACACAAAGUUUUAUCCUAAUUACUCAGCUUUUAUUUGUCUUUAGCCGGUUAGCUAUGAUUUCGGCUAAAAUUAGAUAAACAUCAUUUUACAUCCUCAUAUCAUUAUCCAUGGUAGUUAUAAUGUAAAUAUAAUAUUGUAGCUAUUUAAUAUACUAGUCGGUACGUACACAGCGACAUUGUAACUUCGCACAUGCCGUCGAUGAUUAGUUGACACGUCAUAUUAACCUGGAUAUCCUCGUAUGUUCCUACUACACACACGGCGCGUUUUCAACACAAUGUGUAACCUAAUUUCUUAAUAACACUGUUUUACAGUUUAAUCGUCACAAAAUAAUUCCAAUUAUCGAUUGAUUAUAUUUUUUGUACAUUCCUUUUUAAAGUACUAGUCAUUAAGAGAAUUAAUAAGACCGUCUAAACAUUUUGUGAAAAUUGAAAACAAAAAUUUCAGAGGAGAUAAAGAUAAUUGAGUAAAUGUAAGCACAGCAUAGCAAUGAACAGUUACAUAGGAAUAUGUAGAUCUCUGCAGUGGUGGUCAACUAGAAAACAUACCUUUUAAAUAAGUAUGUAUGAUUGGUGAGGAGUAUUGAAUUGAAUGUGUACUGAGAGUUUUGGCUGUGUUUUGUAAAUUAAAAUACAUGAAUAUGGAAGGUUGUUUACAGAAUAUCUGUACUUUGCUUUUAGGAACAUUCAAAUCUUCUAUAUUUUAACUUAUGUAAGUAGAUGAAGGUUGUAAAGGAGUUAUGGAAAAUAUCUUUGCGAGGAACGCAGGACGUAGGUUUGUGGUAGUCGUCAGUCCUAUUAGGUUUGUUUUAUUAUCUUGCUAAAGCAUAAUAUUAUAUGCCACAAGAAAUGCUGGCAAAAUAAGUUUUGAUGUUCCUAGUUAGUUGAUCACUGCUGUAAUUGCGACAUGUUGUGUUACAAUUUAUUGUUUAUUGAAUAUGGGGUAUACUGAAAUGGUGGUGACACUAAGAAAAUGUGCCAAUUAUGUAUAGACCCUUAUUAAUUUUAGGCAUUUAUGACUGAAUAAAAAUUCUCAAUAAAUAAUAAUUUUAGGACCUUUUUCCGGUUUAUAAUGCAAAUAAAAUGGGCGUGAAAUUCGAGUACCAGUAUUUAUAAAACAUUUUUACAAAAUGGUAUUUUAAUUUCACUAAGUUAUAAUAAGUAAAUGUAUUUUUUUGUGAUAAAUCUUAUUUUUUUUAGUACGUAGGUAUUCUAUAAUAGGAAUUACGAAUGAAGAAAUGAAGACUACCUGUAGUUUUAAAUUUUACAAAAACUGUACUAAUGUAACAUUCCAGAAUUAGAUAACAGUACAUUAACGGAUUUAUAGAUAUCUUAACUGGGAGGACGUGUUAAGUGCGUUGUUCUAAAAAAAAACGAAUUUAUCGUUAAAUAGGAUUUAUAAUUCUCCAUAAGGUUUUUAAAACGCACUUUAGCACGUCCUAUUGGCUAAGAUUACUUACUGCCUGUAGAGAUACAUGUCGCUCGAUACAUAGGAAUACUGCAUUCAAAUAAAAUUCGCUACACAUUUGUAUGGCGAGUGUUUGUAUAACUGUUUUGUAAAAUUAUUAAGUCAAGUAAAAUAAUUAUAAAAAAAAAAAA